GCGCCGGUGCGAGCGGGGCGGGGAGGAGCAGCGGCGCGGCCGGGAGGCGUUGGAUGGAGGCUCCCACCCGCCGGGCCGCACGCCCCAGCCUGGAAUGUCCUGGGGACCGGGACCGGGACCAGGGAAGGGGGCGCGGCGCCUGCCGCCCUGAGAUCUCUGGGUGCCUCUGCCUGGCCCUGAGCUCAGUGCUUUCCAAGGUCUCCCACCUGGCGCUAUGCCUCCGGAGCCUGGGCGCCCACAGGCACUGCUGCUCCUCACCGCCCUGGGCAUCCUCGCUGCCUCCACCUCAGAUCUAACUCCCCGCUUCACCUCCGAGCCCUCCUCCACCAUCCAGCGGCCCGGGGGCUCCGUGCGGCUGCGCUGCGCCGCCGAGCCCUCGGCGGUUCGCCUCUCCUGGCUGCUGGAUGGGCAGCCCCUGGAGAGCAGAGCAGGAGAAGUGGAGAUCCAGGCCGGCUCGCUGACCAUCGCCGCCCUGGGCCGCGCCACGGCCGGGCACUACCAGUGCGUGGCAGCCGGCGGCGCGGGGGCCGUGCGCAGCCGCCCGGCGCUGGUGUCCAUGGCCAGCUUAGGUGACUUCGAGCCGUGGGUGCCGCCGGCUGCUGUGGCAGCAGAGGAAGGAGGAACAGCUCUGCUGGGCUGCAAGGUGCCAGAAAGUCACCCAGAGGCCCAGGUGCGCUUUCAGGUGAAGGGAAGGUGGCUGGAGCAGUCCACAGACAACUACCUGAUCCUUCCAUCUGGGAACCUGCAGAUCCUGAAUGUCUCUUUGGAAGACAAAGGCUCCUACAGAUGUGCAGCCUACAACCCCCUGACCGGAGAGCUGCGGACGGAGCCCGCGGGGCGCAGGCUGGCAGUGAGCAGCUCUUCCUCAGGUGGCUUCCACAUCCUUCACCCCCUGUCCCCCCAGAGCCUGGCAGUGCCUCGUCACAGCCCCCUGACCCUGGAGUGUGUGGUCAGCGGCUCGCCCCCGGCCUCCAUCCGCUGGCUGAAGGACGGCCGCGACGCGCUCCGCAGGGGCAGCUGGAGGCUGCUCCACUCCCACCUGGUGACAGACAGGCUGGAGGUGUCUGAUGCUGGGAACUACUCCUGCGUGGUGGGGAAUGGCUCUGGAGUGGUGGAGCACAGGAACUACUCCCUGACAGUGCUUGAACCUCCCUCCAUCUCCAGGGGGCUGCAGGAUGAGGUGGUGGCCGCGGGCGGAUCCGUGCACUUCUGGUGCGAGGUCCGCGGCAGCCCUGCCCCCAGCCUGUCCUGGCUGCACAACGCAGCUCCGCUGCGGCCGUCCCCGCGGCACCUGCUGGCCGGCAGCCGCCUGCGGAUCCGCGGCGUCAGCAGCCAGGACGCCGGCGUCUACCAGUGCAUGGCUCACAACAGCCUGGGCUUCGUGCAGGCCAGCGGCAGCCUCCGUGUCCAGACAGGCAAAGGCUCCAGGCCAGUGAUUGUCUCUCCCCCCAGCAGCACCACGGUGAGGGCCGGUGGGGAGGUGACCUUGUCCUGCAAUGCCACCGGCCUGCCCCUGCCCACCAUCUGCUGGUACGACAGCAGAGGGCUCCUGCCCAGCUCCUCUGCCCAGCUGCCUCACUCACACCCUCAGGGAGCUCCUCAAGCCCUGCUGGGGAGCAGCAGCACGGCUGCCCCCUCCGUCUCCCCGCCCUCGGGACCCAGCCCUGCGGCAGCGGCCCCGGGCGAGGCGGCGCCGAGCGGCGGAGCUCCGGGCGCGGCGGCGGUGACGGAGAAGGCCUCGGAGGGAGCAGCCCCCCCCGAAGCCCCAAUCAUCCUCAGCCCCCCCCAGACCCCCAAGGCCGAUGCCUACACCCUGGUGUGGCGGCCGGGGCGCGCCGGGGGGCUGCCCAUCAACGCCUACUUCGUGAAGUACCGCAAGCUGGAGGACGGCGCGGGCGCGGCGGGCGGCUGGCACACCGUGCGGGUGCCUGGCAGCGAGCACCAGCUGCGGCUGACCGAGCUGGAGCCCUCCAGCCUCUACGAGGUGCUGAUGGUGGCCCGGAGCGCGGCGGGGGAGGGGCAGCCUGCGAUGCUGACCUUCCGCACCAGCAGAGAGAGAGCACCAUCCUCCAAGAACACCCAGGCCCCCUCCCCGCCCGUGGGCCUCCCCAAGCCCCCUGUCCUUCAGGAGGGGACGAACAGCUUCGGCGUGGUCCUGCCCGAGCCCUCUCGCCACAGCGGAGUGCCAGAGGCUCCUGACCGCCCUACCAUCUCCACAGCCUCCGAGUCCUCCGUGUAUGUCACCUGGAUCCCCCGGGCCAACGGGGGCUCCCCCAUCACUGCCUUCAAGGUGGAGUACCGGCGGCUGGGCCGCAGCGGCGAGUGGCUGGUGGCAGCGGAGCACAUCUCCCCGGCCAAGCUCUCCGUGGAGGUGCGCAACCUGGAGCCAGGGGAGCUCUACCGGUUCCGGGUGAUCGCCGUCAACACCUACGGGGAGAGCCCUCGCAGCGCCGCCUCCCGCCCCUACCAGGUCUCCGGCUCCAGCGGCCGCUUCUCCUCCCGGCCGGUGGCGGGGCCGCACAUCGCCUACACCGAGGCCAUCAGCGACACCCAGAUCAUGCUCAAGUGGACGUACAUCACCUCCAGCAACAACAACACUCCCAUCCAGGGCUUCUACAUCUACUACCGCCCCACCGACAGCGACAACGACAGCGACUACAAGAGGGACGUGGUGGAAGGCACCAAGCAGUGGCAUCUGAUCAACCACCUGCAGCCAGAGACCUCCUAUGACAUCAAAAUGCAGUGCUACAACGAGGGGGGGGAGAGCGAGUACAGCAACGUCAUGAUCUGUGAGACCAAAGUCAAGCGCUCUCCGGGGGCCUCGGAGUACCCCCUGCAGGAGCUGAGCACCCCCCCGAGCGCGCCCGAGCGUGCGGGGGGCGGCGCGGGCGGCGGGGGGCGCGGCGGGGACAUGCUCUACCUGAUCGUGGGCUGCGUGCUGGGGGUCAUGGUCCUCAUCCUCGUCGCCUUCAUCGCCAUGUGCCUGUGGAAGAGCCGCCAGCAGGGCUCCCCGCACAAGUACGACCCUCCUGGCUACCUCUACCAAGGGGCAGAGCUGAGCGGGCAGCUGAUGGAGUACAGCACCCUGCCUGGCACCAGCCUGGUCAAUGGCAGCAUCCAUGGCAGCUUCCUGAGCAAUGGUGCCCUCAGCAAUGGCUGCCCCCAUGCCCACCACAAGGCUGGCAACGGAGUGAACGGGCUGGGGAACGGAGCUGGGCUGUACCCAGGGCACAGCAGCUCACACCUGGACUACGAACACCCUCAUCACCUGGUGAAGGGUGGGCUGUACACAGCAGUGCCCCAGGCUGACCCCGCGGAGUGCCUCAGCUGCCGGAACUGCCACAACAACAACAACAGCAGGUGUUUCAGCAAAGCCAACAGCACCUUCAGCAGCACUGCCCUGCCCCUCCUGCCCAUUGCAGCACCUUACCAGCAGGAUGGCCUGGAGAUGAAGCCUCUCAAUCACCACCUCAUGGUGGCCAUGUGCUUGGCCUCCAGCGUCCCAGAGUGCAGCACCAGGCUGGAGGAGGACAGCAAGGAGAAGGCAGAGCAGCCCCAGGGCCAGCACCCCUGCUGCAGGGAGAGCAGGGAGCAGCACUGCAAGGAGUACACAGAUGGUGACCCCUGCCUGCACUCAGAGACCUCCAACCACGUUCUGAGCUGGAGCCCUCUGCUUCUGCAGCCUGUCCCCAAGGACUGUAGGGAACAGCCAGGCUGGAGCUCACCUGGAGUCCCCUGCACAGGCUCGGAGGACCUUCGGCAGCUGCAAACCUGA